AUGGGCAUUUCAGGGCCGAAUCAAAGCUCUAGCAAAGUGCUUCCACCUCAGCGUGGCUCUUUUCCGCUUGAUCACGACGGAGAGUGCCAAUCAAUUGUCAAAGAGUAUCUCUCUUGCUUGAAGACCGCUCGCGGCAAAAACACGCCGUGCAGAGACUUGGCCAAAGCAUUCCUACAAUGUCGAAUGCAACACGGGCUUAUGUCUCCGGAUGAGAUGUCCAGCUUAGGCUUCAAGGAUUGA